AUGGGAUUACAAGACAAAAAUUUAGCUGAUUUAAGAAGAGAAUCCCCAACUCAACGUUUUUCUUGCUCAACAGCUUUACGUGUUGCUCAACAUAUUUUACAAGCAAUUUGUGAAAUACAUUCAAUUGGAUUUUUACAUAGAGAUAUUAAACCUUCAAAUUUUGCUGUUGGAAGAACUUUAUCUACUCAACAUAAUAUUUAUAUGUUAGAUUUUGGAUUAGCUAGACUUUAUUUAAAUGCAAAAGGAGAAGUACGGACACCGAGGUCGGCUGCUGGGUUUCGUGGAACUGUUAGAUAUGCAGCUAUUUCUGCUCAUAAAAAUAAGGAAAUGGGCCGUCAAGACGAUUUAUGGUCUCUCUUCUAUAUGCUUAUUGAAUUUUUGAAUGGAUCAUUGCCUUGGAGAAGAAUAAAGGAUAAAGAUGAGGUUGGGAGAAUGAAGGAAGAAGCAGAUAUUCGAGAAUUACUUGAUGGAAAUCCGUCAGAAUUACAUCAUUUUGCUGAACAUUUGAGUGGAUUAACUUAUGGGGAUUUGCCUGAUUAUGAGCUUUUGGAGGAUUGUUUGUGUGUUGCUAUGAAAAGAUUGGGAAUUGGGGCAAAUGAUCCUUUUGGUAAAAAAUAA